AUGUUACAUUCUGUUAAUAGCAACAAUAAUAAUAACAUUAUAAAAUUAAAUAUUGGUGGAUUUAAAUACAUUACCACAAGAGAAACAUUAAUAUUAAAUAGUAGUUUUUUUAAUGGAUUAUUAAAUAGUGAUUGUGGUACAGUUAUAGACUCAAAAGGUUAUUAUUUUAUUGAUAGAGAUGGAGAGUUAUUUUCACCAAUACUCAGUUUUAUGAGAACAGGAACAUUUACAUUACCAUAUAGAAUGUCUUUAAAUAAUGUCUAUAGAGAAGUUGACUUUUAUGGUGUUGAUAGAUUAUCUGCAUUAAUUCAACAUAAAAUAAAUAUUUCAAAUAUUACAAGUGUAGCAGGUGGAAUUUAUUUCAUUUCAAAAUUACCAUUAACUUCAAAUAAUAAUAAUAUUAUUAUCAAUAAUAGUAAUAAUAACAAUAGGAAAAUACUACAUGCAGUAAUAAAAGCAAAUAUUAUGGCAUUGUAUUUUAAUGAUGGUUAUUUAGAAAUUUGGAUGCAAGUAUAA